AUGGCGGCGCUGGGCACGGCGACCACCCCCGCAGCAGCUCCCGCGGCACCGCGCUGCUAUAAUCGGCACCCGCGGCGGCGGCACCACAUCGCGGCGUGCCGUAACCGGGUUGCCUCGGCGAGGAGGAGGCUUGACCUGUGCGCCAGCGCCUCACCUGCCGUCACCGCUCCCGACAUACCCGACAAGGCUGUCGCGGGAUCCUUGGUGGAGCCGGCGCCGGAGGCGAAGCUGAGGAAGCUGGCGUGUCCAAUCUGCUACUACCCCCUCGCGAGCUCGAGCGAUCAGUCGGACGAUGCUUCCAGUCUCGAAUGUUCAACCUGCAAGAAAUUCUACCCCAACAAGCAGGAUUACUGGGAUCUUACAGUGUCAGUUGGUUCGACGGAGUACUCGGAAUCCAUGCCCGCAGCAACAGAGUUGUUCAGGACUCCACUGGUAUCGUUUCUUUACGAAAGAGGAUGGCGCCAAAAUUUUAUAUGGGGUGGUUUCCCAGGCCUAGAGAGAGAGUUUGAAAUGUCAAAAACUUAUUUGAAGCCAACAUUUGGAGGGACUAUUGUUGAUGCAAGUUGUGGAAGUGGCCUGUUCUCAAGAUUGUUUGUUAAGAGUGGGCUAUAUUCUCUUGUUGUGGCACUGGAUUUCUCAGAGAAUAUGUUGAAGCAGUGCAAUGAAUACAUCAAGCAGGAAAACAUUUCAGAUGAGAGAUUAGCAUUGGUGAGGGCUGACAUAUCCAGACUCCCUUUUGUGAGUGGUUCAAUUGAUGCUGUGCAUGCAGGUGCUGCAAUUCAUUGUUGGCCAUCCCCAGCUUGUGCUGUUGCAGAUAUCAGUAGAGUCCUUCGCCCAGGGGGAAUUUUUGUUGCUUCGACAUUUGUAGCAGAUGUCAUUCCACCAGCUAUUCCAGUAUUGAGGAUCGCACGCCCGUACAUUAGCCAAAUAACUGGCAACAAUACCUUCUUAUCUGAAGUGGAGCUUGAAGAUAUUUGCAAAGCAUGUUUCUUUCUGUGCAUUGUGCGGUUGUGCCCUUUGCUCUUAAGGCUGGCAACUUUCCUCAAGGGAGGUGUGCUGUAA